AUGUCUGAAGUGCCGAAAAGAUGGAAAGGCACAUGCGAGAAUGGAACAGAUUUCCCCCCAUUUCUCUGCAACAACAAGCUCAUUGGGGCUCGGUCCUUUAGCAAAGGCCUGAAAGCAGCGGGAAUCAAAUUCGCGAAAAAAGACUUCGAUUCGCCUAGGGACUGGUUUGGUCAUGGUCAUGGCACUCACACUUCUUCAAUAGCUGCAGGUAAUCAUGUACAAGGCGUAAGUCAUUUCGGAUAUGCAAAAGGCACCGCAAGAGGGGUGGCGCCACGAGCCCAUGUUGCCAUGUACAAGAUCGCCUGGGACAAUGACUCAGAUGAGAGUUUCGCUAGUGAUGUGCUUGCAGGCAUGGACCAGGCAAUUUCGGAUGGUGUUGAUAUAAUGUCACUGUCUCUUGGCUUUGAGUUUCUUCCUUAUUUCAAUGAUGUCAUUGCCAUUGCUUCUCUCUCUGCAAUAGAGAAGGGAAUUGUUGUGGUCUGUGCUGCUGGCAACAACUGGGGUUACAAUUCAACACAAAAUGGCGCACCCUGGAUCACACUGACUCUGGAUAAUGGUUUGAUAGUUGACGGAAUAUCAUACUUCCCGGAGAGUGGUUACAUUACUGAUGCGCCAUUGUACUACGGCAAAGACAAUGCGAACAAAGCAAGAUGCAAUGGUGGGGCACUGGAUCACAAAGAAGUGAAGGGAAAGGUAGUCCUUUGUGAUAAUAUUACCGAGACUGAUGUCAGUAGUCUCAGAUUUCAAAAAUGGGAGGUGGAGAGGGCAGGUGGUUAUGCUGGAAUCUUCAUGACAAAUCUCUCAUUGUUAGACCCAGAAGACUUCUCCAUUCCUGCUGUCAUUGUUCCAAUUGCUACAGGGGCGUUAAUUAGAGAGUAUGCAACACAGGCCAAUACAACUCGAGUUAAGACCCUGAGUUUUGUGCACACAAAUUUGGGUACAAAACCAUCCCCGCAAGUAGCGUAUUUCUCUUCAAGAGGACCAGACCCUAUCACUCCGGGUAUUCUAAAACCAGACGUUAUUACUCCAGGAGUCAAUGUGCUUGCUGCAAUUAUACCUAACAAGCGAUACAUGGAAGUAAGCCAUUACAAUUUAGUGACAGAUUAUGGGCUAGAUUCAGGAACAUCAAUGGCGGCACCCCAUGUCGCCGGAGUGGCAGCUCUACUAAAGGCAGUUCACCGAGAAUGGAGUCCAGCAGCCAUCCGAUCGGCCAUCAUGACCACAGCAUACUCAACCGAUAAUUCACAAAACAGCAUACAAGACCAACUGUCAGGUCUUCCUGCCACACCUUUAGAUUUUGGUGCAGGCCACAUCAACCCGAAUAACGCCAUGGACCCUGGACUAGUCUAUGACAUGAAUGUGCAAGACUACAUUGAGUUUCUGUGCACCCUUGGGUACAAUGACAAGCAGAUGAGAGCUGUUAUUAGACGAAGCCAAUGGACUUGCAGACAGUCACCUGGUGAGCUAAACUACCCUUCAUUCAUGGCCAUCUUCAACAGAACAGACACUUUGAAGACCAAAAAGUUUAACAGGUUCGUUACAAACGUAGCAGAUGACGCAUCAGUUUAUCGAGCAGUUCUGGAAGUUCCUAGGGGAAUGAGGAUAACAGUAGAGCCUGAUAAUCUUACAUUCACCAGAAAAUAUCAGCAGCAAGGUUUUGAUUUGAAUGUAGAGAUUGAUAACGAUGCCCCGGAGGUGAUCUACGGUUAUCUGAGAUGGAUUGAUCACCGUGGUCACAUGGUAUCAAGCCCUGUAGUGGCCAUGAAUAACUAG